CCUGUGUGUUAAGUCUUUAAGACAAGACUUUAGUCUUUUUUCUGCUGUACUAUUAUAAAAUGUCUUAUGUAGCGAUUUCCUGCUGAUGUAAUUAAAUGGUAAAAUGACACGUUUAUUUUAUUUUUUUCAAUUAAUUACAACAAAUCUUUAAUAUUCAAUAUUAAAUGUGUGUUUCAAAUGAGGUGAACCUUAAAUUACAGUUGUUUAUAGUGUUUAUGUACGUGAUUGUACUAGUAGUAACUUAGCGUUUUCCAUUGUGGAUAUUUACUUAUUUCGGACUAAUUAAUUGUUGUACGUUGAAUUAUAGUAGUGACAUGGUUACAUCGUAACAGUUUAUAAAUUUUAUCAAUCCAUAGAGCAACAACAUCCAUAAGAGCUACCAACAUGGGUAAAGAAAUAACAUUAGAAGCAGAUAGGUUUGUGUACUGUGAUAGUCUAAAAGAUGAAGACCGGAAGAAAAGAAAGAAACACAAAAAACGUAGACGUGAGUCUGUUGAUGAGUAUGAGAAAGGUUAUAAAAAGAGGAAGAAGUCCAGAAAGGACAAAUAUAAAAGUCCAGACCCAGAGAGUGAAACAUCACUUUCUGACGUUGAAGAUUUAAUAAAAAAAUCUCAUCAAUGUAAACAACAAAAUCACAAAGAUUCCUCUGUAGAUUCCUCCCUAACAGAGUCAGAGGCUAAACUGAAAGCAGACAAUGGUGACACGACCAUUAUUAAGUCAAGAAGCAGUAGCAAUGGUAGAAGUAGUCACACGAAGAAGUCUCAUGAUAAAGACCAUUCAUUAGACGUCAUAACAUCUAAUUCUGAGACAGAGAAUUAUCAAGAUGAUUGUGCUAGUCCAGAACUUACGAUGAUAGAAGAUGAUCUAAACUUAGAAGAUCUAAUGAAGCAAAAAGAACUAUUACAGGCACGUUUAGUGGCUUAUUAUUCUGAUAAAAGUGAUGGUGAAACGGAACAGCCGGCAAACAAUAUUUAUAUAAAUGUUGAGAAGUCUCCAUCACAUAAAAAGAAAAAAGAUCGUGAUCAUGAUAAUAAACGGAGCAGUAGACACACGUCUAUUAAAGACAGAUCAUCAGAACGUGAUAGACAUAAGUCUAAACGAUACGAGGAAGAUUUAAGACAAAUCAUAAAUAGAGAGUGUAGGAAGGAAAUGGAAAAGGAGAGGGAGUACCGUGAAAGAAAAGAAAGGGAACGACGUAAGCUACUGGAGGCUGAACGGGAAAGAGAAAGAGAACGCGAUAAAGAGAGAGAGCGUGAACGAGAGAAAGAGAGAGAGCGGAAACGAGAAAGAGAUCGUGAGAGAGAUAUGGAGAGGCGAUCUGCAGAGUUGAAAAGGAGAGAACGAGACCCUCGAACACGUCAGACGCGAGACCGGUCACCAAUAGUGCGUCGUGAUCGCGACCGUAGUGGCGAUCGGGACCGCCAUAGGAGCACCGACCGCAGCCGGUUCAGGAGUCGCGACCGCAGCCGGGGCCGCAGUCGAGAUCGCGAACGCUCACGUGAUAGAAACCACAGGGGAACCCACAAAGAUCAGAAUGCAAUGAAUGAAGUGGCAGAAAUAGUUCCAAGCUCAAGUGACGAAGAAUUGAACUUGGAAAUAAAUACAGAUGAUGAUGAAGAGACAGAGGAGCAGAUUAUCGAAAAGAGAAGAAAAGAGAGGGAACAACUUAUGAAGAAGCUCGGUGGUAUUACCAAUGGCCCAUUGGAACAACAACAACAGCAGGUGGCAGCCUCUACCUCACCGGAUGUAAAGCCGGACAGUAAACCAGAAACGAUCUCUGAUGCUAAGAAGGAUAAAUGUGAGACAAAAGAAGGCGACAAAGACAAGACCACAAAUUCAGACUCCAAAAGCGAUUUAAGCGGGCUGGUCAGGAAUAUAGAGAAUGAGCCCAGAACUAACAUCAAACUGGAGAAAUCACUGAAGAGCAAGGCGUGGGAUAUGUUUGCUGAUCAGGACAACUUUAGUGUUGAUACGCCCACAGCUGGAAAACCAAGAAGUAAAAAUGCCUUAGAGAACCCUUCAUUGACAGACAAUUGGGAUGAUGCUGAAGGAUACUACAGGGUGCGAAUCGGUGAGACUCUGGACAACCGGUACAAUGUGUACGGUUACACCGGCCAAGGCGUGUUCUCUAACGUGGUGCGGGCGCGUGACCAGGCGCGCGGCAACACCGAUGUAGCCGUCAAGAUCAUCAGGAAUAAUGAGAUAAUGCAUAAAACCGGUCUCCGUGAGCUAGAAAUUCUGAAACGUUUGAACGACGCCGACCCCGACGACAAGUUCCACUGUUUGCGCCUGUUCCGGCAUUUCUUCCACAAGCGGCACCUGUGCAUGGUGAUGGAGCCCCUGUCCAUGAACCUCAGGGAGGUCCUGAAGAAGUACGGCAAGAAUAGCGGAAUACACAUCAAGGCGGUCAGAAGUUAUACGCAGCAAAUGUUAUUGGCGCUCAAACUGUUAAAGAAAACCGGAAUUUUACACGCCGAUAUCAAACCAGACAAUAUACUCGUUAAUGAUAGUAAGCUAAUGCUAAAACUAUGUGACUUCGGUUCGGCCUCGCAUGUAACGGAAAACGAAAUCACACCAUACUUGGUCUCAAGAUUCUACCGGGCACCAGAGAUUAUUCUCGGCUCUACCUACGACCAUGGCAUAGACAUGUGGUCCACAGCGUGCACUGUAUAUGAACUAUCCACCGGCAAAAUAAUGUUCAGUGGAAAAUCUAACAAUGAGAUGCUAAAAUAUUUCAUGGAUUUGAAAGGAAAGAUACCAAAUAAAAUCAUAAAGAGGGGACACUUCAAGGAGCAACACUUUGAUGCAAAUUGCAACUUUUUGUAUCAUGAGCUGGACAAAGUAACUGAACGGGAGAAAGUGGUUAUUAUGUCAAGUAUAAAGCCGACGAGAGACAUGCAAUCAGAGUUGGCUCCACCACAUCAUCGUCUACCACAGCAAGAGGCCAAGAAGAUAACGCAACUCAAAGACUUACUCGAGCGAAUGCUGAUGCUUGAUCCUGCCAAGCGCGCCUCCGUAAACCACUGCCUCGCGCAUCCCUUCAUCCAGGAGAAAAUAUAGUUUAUAGCUCACGACCAUAGAGCGGCGCCAUAGACGAGCUGUGUACAUACAAUGUAUUUUUUUAUGCAACUAUGGUGAUGCUUUUGGUCAUGCAUAAAUAGUGCCCCUUUAGCUAGUUUUUAUAACAAGGGUGCGUUUGUCAUAUUGUAUUAAUCUAGAAUACUUCAAACACUGUUUUAUCUAUUUACAAUGAUAUAAAUUUAUGUUUAAAAGUAACUUUUACUUUGAAAAUACAUAUGUAAAAUCAAAAUAAUUGUUAUUUUGAAUGAAAUCUUUUAAUAAAUUAAGAUAUGUACA